CGCCGGCAGUCUCAGUCCGAGUUGUGUUCGGUUUCACGUACUUUCCCUCGAAUUCUAUCCAGAAAAAAAAUAUUUAGGGAAAAAAAAAUUUCGAUUUUCAAUUUUUGCAUUCCUCGUUUUAUAUCUAUGUGCGAAAUUUUGUGAUCGAAGGUUAGUAGUGUUGCAAUCGUCUGAGCAGACUUCCCUAGGCUUCUGUUUUUGUUCGACAAAAGUUAAGGCAGCGGCCAUCUUGUUUUUACGAAAGUGCCACGUGUGCUACCCCAUCAAGAUCGAUUCAAGUUCUUCCUUUUCCGAUGAACCCGUCACGUCUUAGUGGCACUUGGAUGCAAGCAGAGUGAAAAAAGGAGACAAAAGAAAGCAAAAACUGAGCUCGUGUGCCCGAUAGCGUGCAAUCUCCUUGUUACCAAGCUCAUCGUCCUCCAAGGCCGUUCAAGGGCUUCGUUUCUGUUUGUCUAAUCAAGCCCACAUCGCAGCGACCAUCUUUUCACAGUCUAACUCCGCCCAUUGGCGUAAAAAUUGGAUUGGCGCCAUAUUUGAAGCUACUUGACAAGUGGGAUCGAUGAGGCUGCUCUUAGCCUUAUGAAAAAAGAAAGGCAUUCGAUACAGCGUGAGCAAAAUGGAACAGAAUGCGGAGACAGGCGCUGGAGGUCCAGCUGCUGGUCCAGGAGAUCCACAAGUCGGUGCCGCUUCGGCUGCAAUGACAUAUGCCAAUUUGGAAACGUUGACUCGACUCAAUACAGAAGAGUUGACGUCCAUCUUGUCUAGCACGGGCCAUCACGCCCAUCACCAUCAUCGACACGAAGAAGAGGAGGAAGAAGAUGGAACUCAUUAUGCUGACGCUUCGGCCAAUGGCGAUGGCGAAGAACCUGAUGCCGGCUAUAUUGUAACCACGGCCACUGAGGCCUAUCAUCAAGGAUCUUAUGUUGUUACUGCCGCACCGUCCGCUGACACAGCGGCCAAUAAUGGUGGAGGUGGUGGCGGAGAAGGUGGAUUAGUAGACGAUCAAUCGCCGACAGACAAUGAAGCGUCCGGACUGUCAGUCCAUUCCUAUUGUAAACCGAGCAACAGUCAAGAAGUGGUUGAAGGGCGUUCGUCAACUGGAUCUUCUGAUGUUGUGCCUACUCGAUCUUCAUCCAGUGGGAACGCAACAGCCGCCGAAUUGCUCGACUUGAAAACGGUUCUCCCAGGACCGACAACACGCCGAGUUUUGCUCAUCGAUGACGGCCAUGGCGAUUUAGAAAUGGCCAAAUCUGAUGUCGAAUUCUUACUGAGAGGUGAUGCGGCUGGAAUCGUUCUCCGCGAAGGCAAAAGAAGCGAAGUGUGGGCCCGUUUCGGCAAAGUAACAUUCCAGGGUCGGAAAGUCAAAGGCUACGUCGCUUGCAUCUACUGUCGACAGGUUUAUGCUUUCGGUGACGCCCAUUCUACUGGCACGUCAACAUUGAAAAAACAUCGGUGUCUUGCCCAGUCAUUAGUAACCACAACUGGUGCUUCACCAUUGACCCCAACUAGUGGUGGCGGUGGAUCAGAUCGAUUAAUGCCUAGUCCAGCUCCCGGUUCUUCCUCUCAGGCUGAUCAACAGCAAAAUGCGUCGUAUGUCAAUUUCCCUUCACCGUCCGUCAUUGUCAGCAUUGCUACUGCCGUCCGCAGCUCGGCGGAUGCGCCCGAACAGAUUCCGCUCAAUUCUUCCCCACAUCAAGCAUCAAUGACAAAUAUUGUGACGCGUUAUUUGGCACCCUGUGAUCGCGAUGAAUUGAUUAGAAAUGCAGGGGUCGUUCUCGGCUCUGGUUCGAUCAGCGCUGCAUCAUUUCUUCAGUUGUCCAAAGCUCUGGUUGAACUUGGGGCGAAACACGGAGUGGCUCUCGUCGAUGAUUUGUCUGCCAUUUUCAGUUCGCCAUCAUUCGAGACGAUCUUGCCCAGCAUUGCUCACGAGUAUCGGAAUCAUUUUGCAGAAGAAGCACGUACCAUCUCCGUCGGAGGCAUCGGAUUGAUUAUCCGUGUUCAGCCGGGUUCCAGAGCCCAAACUGCUGGCCAGUUGGUUCAAGUAACUUUGGGAAUCAGUUACUGCGUCGAUAGUAAUCAGAACGGGACGGACGUGUCUCCUUUCUUGCGUCAAGCGCCUUUACGACACAUCCAGCUGAGUGUGGAUCAAGACACGUCGACUCGUAUUGGCCAGCUUGUGCAGCGGACGUUGAAGGAAGAAAGAUUAGAUCAUCUGCGUCGUGCGAUUGUUUGCAACUCGAUCGAGGUGAUCAAAGAAUCAUUCACUGGGCAGAUGACGGUUCCCUGUGCCCACGAUUCGAUCGGAAGGGCGUUGGCUUUAGCCCAAGAGAAUUGUGCGUCAGCUCGCCAAGAUUGGAGGAAUUUCCAUGACACGAUUCAGAAAAUGGCUAAUAUUGUUCAGGCAAUGGGUUGGGAAACUCAAUUGACCAAGGCCAUUCAACCGAUCGGCGGAGUGGCUGGAGGAAUCGUCUACCGGCUUAGAUUGGAUGGAACUGGUGAUCAACGUGUCGUCCCAGAUUGGCGAACUAUGCAAAUUCUUUCAAGAUCCGUCCGUUUGCAGCGUCUGGAAUCAACUGGAUCGUCAACUUCUCGGUCAUUUAGCCGCGUUUUAUUCCAGUAUGGCUUCCGUUGUGGCUAAAGUCAGCAGUUUGGCAGCGUGUCCGACACUUUGUAAUGUACUACUGGCAAGAAGUCACGUGAUGUCGCUUUGCACCCCUAAAUGUCACGUGGAUCCUCCUGCGCUUUCGGCUUUGAAACACGCCUUACUAGAAGCCUUGAACGGACAUUGGCCAUUAGAGCUGGCCCACCGAUUGGCCUGCGUUCUGCAUCCGGCUUUUAAGCAUAUGCGUCGGCUAGAUGUAAGCGAUCGCGAGCGUAUGGAAACUUACGCAAUGGUGCGCAAUUUGUUGAGGCAGACGGAUCAUCAGCCGGUCUCUGAACACAUUUUGCGCAGCACUUUGGACAAUUCGAUGACGGGCAACAACCGCAAUGGAGAAUUGAAACGGAAAAUGUCGAGUCGGACAGUCGGCAAUGAAACGACGCCGACUAAUAGCUCGGCUGCAAAGCGACAGAGAUCGGCCAUGCAGAACCUUUUGCCUACGUCGACGACGCCGACAGUGUCAACAACGCCAUUGAUCUCCAACAACGAUAUUGCCUUCGAUUUUAGCGAAUUGGCGGAUUUUAGUUUGCAUUGCGAAAGCGGGAAUAGCAAUGGUUUGACGUUAGUUCCGGAACAGCGCGAUGAGUUGGAUCUCUAUCUGGAAGAGAAAGUCAUCCAACAAGAUUUGAUGGAAUUGACGAAUGUUUUAGUUUAUUGGAAACAUCGGCAAUCAGUCUUCCCCGGCUUGUCGCAGCUGGCCUUUUGGUUGCUGGCUCUUCCCUCCUCCGCCACGUCUUCUUUUGCUUCCUCUAAUGUUGUAGCUUCGUCCAAAUCCGAUGCCGUCCUCCAUCGUCAGCUCUUUCAAGUCGUGACUCAAAGUAGUUGUUCCACUACUCUUGUUGAAUAAAAAGAUAAAAGCAUAGGUUUCUAUCCCGUCAAA